GAUACAUACAGGGUUUUUUCUAGAAAAAUAUAUAAAAUAUAUCAAUGCACACAAGAACAUGUAUAGAAGAUGGCGCAGCAGACGUAAACAACAACGCAAUGCAAAUGCUGCCAUCUGACAGCCUAUUUGACACGAUUUUCAUAUUCUUUUUAGUCAUUAUACAGUUUUUAACAAACAGAAAUAUUGUUUUCUGGCAUCACUUUACAUACAUCUGAUCAAUUGUAUUUAAGAUUCUUCUUUUUCUUUUUGUUCAAACUGGCUUGGUGAAAAAUGUAGGGGGGUGGGUGUGUGUGUGUAAGGGAAUGUGAGAAUUUCGCCCUUAAGGGACAUUAAAUUAAUUUAAUCAAUUUUCCAACCUCUAUUACAUUUCGGAAUAAUUGCAUAGCAGUCAGGUUGAUUUGAUUUAAUUCAUCAUUCAAAUGUCACCGUCAUUAAGUACGGAUCAUUUCUAAAGCUUCAGGGCUAAAUAUCUUUUCAGACUUUCAGGCUUAAGUGGUGAGGAUGUGAUGAAUAGGGAUGACACCAAUUAAGUUUAGUGUUGGUUCUUUAUACGUGUAUGAAUAGUCAAAGUCUCCUUUAUAAUACAAAAUAAAUUAGAGCUAAACAUGUAUGUGCUGCUGUUCACCAACAACUAUAAACCCCCUUGUCAUUUAUUUAUUUUACCGCAUUGAAUCAAGGUGCAAUCAUUUUCUUAGGCUGAUAUACAAAGAGAACAACAAAUCAUCACAAAUAGAUGUACGAUACAACGAGUAGUUCACACACAGUAUGACGCAAGUCAUCACCGGUGCAACCAGUUGUUUGGAAGAAUUCCAUAAUACUUUGCAUGGUGUUGAUCUGUGUAUCGUCAAGGUGUGACAAACCUGUGUUGGAAACAUAUUCAUCAUAAUGGAAAGAUGUGCCCUUAGAUUCCUUCAUUUGUUUAUUAAAGUUUUUCAUUUAUACCCUGGAUUAAUAUUCUAAUAAUAAUGAAAUGUCAGUGAUUCCAAGUUACCCGCCUAAUCUAAAAGAAACUCUAGUAAAACAUUCUGUAUAGUAUUCUGCUAUCUGAAAUGCGCUGAAGCACUUUUGUCCAGAUGUUGCAACUCAAAUUGGGUCUUGAGAUUCUUCCAAAGAAAAUGAUAUUUGAACCCCGCAAACAGCUCUAAACAGAAUGUCUUGGCCCCAAUAGAGAAACCUGCUUUGUUUGAGACCUGUGGCUGCAUAACGGCUCAGUUAACAUUAAUGCUCUAACCAAAAAUUGCUAGUCACACCAGCAUCUUGUCUAGCCACUAUUUCAAAAGGUCACUGCAAAACCUUUAAUACAUGUUAAAUUAUUCAUUAAAACCAGAUUGGUUUGUUAAAAUGUAAACCUAAAAAACACUCAAAACAAGGAAAAAGGCUUUUGCUUUAAGUCACUGUAAUGUUCAUUGUGGCUGAUUGCUUAAAUAUAGGCUCCAUUCACGUGGCAAGGAGUGGUAUUCACUUUAAACUGGCCUAUCUUUUUUAAACUGUCCACUCGAAGGUCAGCGCCUCACCAUGUGAUUAGUCUGCCUCCACUUUGUGUUACACAAAGCAAGUGAGUCACACUUUGUCAACAGCAGCGACGUCUGACUGUCCCUGUUUGAGUUAAUGAGUGAUGAAGGCCUAAGCCAACGAACAAGGCACCUUUCUGUGCUUACAUGAGCCGCUGUUAGUUAAUGACUAAUUACAGCAUUGUGUUUACCAUUACCUGUCAAGGUGAGUGAGUGGUACAGACGCCCCUUGACAUCGUUCAAGAAUGGAAACCAGUGGAAAUGUUUACAAGAGAUCUGCAUCAUGUCAGUCAAAUAUCUUCGAACAGGCUGUGAUGACUGUUUGGACAAACUAUUGUUCACCAGCAACAGGUGUGGAAUGGUCUUGUUGAGACCUGCUGUUUUAACGCUCUGUGCACAGACAGCUUCAGUGGGAGACGCACACUUGUGUACGGCUAGUUUGCAGACUGCACACAAAUUCUCCGACGCACCGAGAAGCACACCCAAGUUGCAAAGGUUAAAAUCAGAAGCUUGGGGUUAUGGACACAGGCAGGUGGUGGUGUCGAGAGGGCGUCAGCUUGCAAGCUAUGGACUUGAACCCAGAAUGAAGCCUCAUGUGGUGGAAACUGUCAAUGUUGAGCUUGAAUCCUGCUUAGUUUUGUUUUUUAUUCCCCAAAAUGACCAGUACAGCUUCAAGUAGAUAUGUAAGAUCUAAGGCCUCGUCAUCUGGGCUAUUCAAACUCAGUCAAGUACAUAAAAACAAAUGUUGACAAACUCAUACGUUUUGGUGGAAGUCUAAACUGAAAUCUGUCAUAAACAGGUUGUUAGUUUUUGCCUGUUAGUGCUUACACUCAAAGUGUGUGUCUGUCUGCGUGAGGAGGGAGAGACAGGUAUUGCUACAGACUGUGUUGUGGAAUGUGUGGUGGAGUUUUUGUGGUUUGCAAAGUGUUUGGCAGGGGGAGGGACCUGACACGCUGCUGAGCUACUUCUGAGCUGCAGGUCCCUCCCCCCCCCCUCCACCAGCUCAGUCUGUGCUCUGUUCCCUUAAAGGAAUAGUUACCUCACAGCGGCCCUGCUGUCUUAUCAAUCUUUUGGCUUCUCGUCUCUGCUGAUGAAGUUGAUGUUGACCCACGGGGCUGAGGACACACACACUGACAGAUAGUGCUGACUGUAGAGGUUGCUAUCUGGCUCCACUGAUGAUAUUACCCUCCUGUCCUCCAGGUCCAUGUGUGGUCAGUGAAGCCUGGAGAGCAGCAUGGAAAAGUGUCAGUUGAGCGCCUGGUUGAGAUGAGUGUCGCCUGUUCACCAUGUGAGCUCCACUGACAAACCGCUUUCUCCACACCAGACCUCAACCGCAAUCACCAGCCAAUCAAAUGCACCCGGACAAUAAACUGGCCAAUCAUGGCAAGCAGGUCACCAGUGACAACCAAUCCCGAAUACCCAGUGUAAACCAGCAGGCCCAGCAGCAGCAGCAGCAGGGAGCCGCCGGCCACUUGGGUCCAAAGGGCGUUGGUCCCGGGAACCAUGGAGUCAAAACCAACCAGAUUUCCCCCGGCAACCCUGGGCUGAAAGCAGUCAGCCAAUCAGUAAGCAGCGUCGGAGGGAUGUUGAAAACCAAAUCCAAGCGGGAGCGGAGUGUCUCCAUGGACUCUGGUGAUUCCCGAAGUGCAGUUCCUCCAGCCCUUGAGACGGAUGCCAAAGGAGAGGGUGUGAUGCGCAGUAAGCGGCGCUGUGUUCUGGAGAAGAAGCAGCCAUAUAGUGGAGAUGAAUGGUGCUCUGGACCCGACACAGAAGAAGAUGAAGACAAGCCACACACUGCGACGCACCGAGAGCGUGGGCUGGCAGGUCCUGUUCCAGGGCUUCCUGACCGCCUGUCCGCAGGGCCCGUAGCUGAAGCUGCACGGCCUGUCAUGGGAUGUGGAGUGGGACCCGGGCUGAAGACAGAGCAGCCUCAACCUUCGCAGCAAGUGGUGUAUGUUUUCACAACCAACCUAGCCAACAGUGCUGCAGAGGCAGUAUUCAAAGGGCAGAGCAAUUCCAUCCUUCUGUUUCACCAGCAAAAUGUUUCACGCACCAAGUUGGAGCAGGGCCACCCAUCAGGGAAGCUUCCUAACCUAUCUGAGAAGGUGCACUCCAGCAGCUCUCCACCCACAGGCACCCCUAAAUCCCAAGGUGGAACUCCACGGCCAGCCUCCGCAGGGAUUGGAGGCCCAAUGCAUCCUGCAGGGACACCGACAUCAGCAGGUCACUCCGACAAUGAAUCCUCUCAAACCAGACCUGGCGAAGGCUCAGGCAAUAACAGCAUUGUUGUCCAAAGGUCAGAGGGCGGGGUCACCGCCACACCCUCAGGCCCAGUCCCAGGAACCGGCAAUGGGGAGGGUGCAGGGGGUAUGUCUCUUCCACUUGCUACUGUUUCCCCCUCCGGAAGUCCCUCCAUCCUUUCUGCACACCUACUGGGAGAUAUAGGCCAGAGGAUUGGCCCAGUGAACAUGGAUGGUCUUUCAAAAGAACAGCUGGAACACAGGGAGCGCUCUUUGCAGACGCUGAGAGACAUAGAGAGGCUGCUUCUGCGCAGUGGGGCAAGUGGAGGCCCCGGAGGCCCCGGAGACCCAGGAGGCCCCAACAACAAUACUGGUAAUAACUCUUCCAACCUAAAUAAUAACAACAAUACUGAUAGGAGUGGUAUUCUCGACGGCCGUGACAAUGGUACUAAUAGUUCUGGAAACUGCAGUAGUGGUAAUAUGCUAGCAUCAGCUUUGGGUCCGAUGGGAGGGAUGAAGAAAUAUGAAGAACCCCUCCAGUCCAUCAUUUCCCAAACACAGACCCUUGCUGGACCAACCCUUGACAGCCCUCAAAUGGACUCUCAUCACAACCUACAGCAACACCCCCAUCACCAGCUGUCUUCACCUGGGCUCGACAUGGGUCCCUUACUCGGACCAGAUGGGCUGACCCCAGAGCAAAUAGCGUGGAGGAAACUUCAAGAAGAAUACUACCAUGAGAAGAGACGUCAACAGGAAGUACAACCCCCCACACAUCCACAGCACUUUAGAAUGAUGAAUGAGAUCGGCAUGCAUGGAGGUCCCAUGAUGAUGAGAGGACCCCCUCCUCCCUACCACAGCAAGCCUGGAGACCAGCAGUGGGGUCCUGGCAACAUGAUGGGAGGAGGAAAUGCACGAAUGAUAGACAUGCACCAAGAAGGACCCCGUGGUCCAAGGUUCCUGGGACAGAUGCAGAGAGGGCCCCCUGGGGGAGGUGGUUUUCCUGGUAGUAAAGGGGGAGUUUUGUCAGUAGAAGGUCUAGGACCUCAAAGGCCCGCCAGGCCAGGGAUGAUUUGGCUCGAAGAUAUGCCCAACAACAUAGGUGGUGGAGGAGGUCCAUUUCAGGGCUGCUACCCUGGGGGGCCUCCUCAACACUUGCAAGGUGACACAGAACAUCUGUUAACGCACGAGGAAAUGUUUCGCCUGAUGGAGAAACGUCAGAUGCAGGGGCUUCCCAGGUUUGAACUUGAACGAUUAAUCAAACAGCAGCAACAGGGCAACCUGGCCCAAAGAAUAAUGGAUAAUCCUGGGGGCCCAGAAUUUCACAAUUUGGGAAUGGGCCGGGGUCCCCACUCAUCUCGAGGUGAUCCCAUGGACUUUCCUGGAUCACGGGAGAUUAUGGUCUCUCCUGGAGGGGGUCCGCAGAUGAGAGACCGUGUGGAUUCUCCUCUGGGGGGCAACCACCCAAUGAACAUGAACCAACAGAUGAAUGUUCAGCAGCAGCAACAGCAGAUGAUGCUCGCUCAGAAGCUCAGAGGGGGUCCUGCAGGUGGCGGGCCUUUAAGUGAGAUGUUCAUCCCCGGAGAGCUUUCACGAAUCAGGGCUUCACAGAACGGAAGAGGGGGAAAUAAGGGAAUGAUUCCAGGACCUGACGGACACUUUCAGUUUCCGAAUCACAGUCCCUUCUCUGGAGGUCAGGGGGACGGGCCUUAUCUUCAACAACCUGGCCAUGAGAUGUUUGGGCCUGACCCGCAAGGUCAUAAUCAAAUGGGAGGUACAUCGCGGCUAAGUCAUAUGCCCAUGAGUGGAGGCCUCAGGGGGGUAGACCUCGGUCCUAGGCACCCUUCUGACCUAUCAAUCAAUGUUAACCCCCUGACCUCUCCUUCAGUGCCUCGUCCUCAUCAGCUCAAGUCUCCAUCCCUCCACCAAGAGCCAUCUCCUCUCCUACCCUCCCCCUCCGCUCCAGGACUGAAGUCCCCCUCGCAGAUCUCCUCUGUGGGGCAUCAUCCAAAUCUUCCCCCUGCCUCUGGUGCUGGGACUCCUUCCUCUUCUUCCAUGAAGUCUCCCCAGAUAAUGGGGUCUUCCAACCUUGGAUUGCACUCUCCAUCUGCCUCUCCUGGACAUCUCAAAUCCCCUGCUAUGGCUGCGGGCUCUCCAGGGUGGGCUUCCCCUAAAACAGCUCUUCCAAGUCCAGGUGGUCCAACCAGUGGGAAGGUAGUGGGCAAUGGAGGAGGUAGUUCCACUGAGACAGGUCAAUCACUUCCCCCCAGGAGUUCCAACUCGACACCCAUUAGCCAGCCAGGCUCUAUGAAUCCUAGCAUACCAUUUACUUCCUCUCCCGAUAACCCCCCAACUCAGAAUCCUUUAUCUCUUAUCAUGUCUCAGAUGUCCAAGUAUGCCAUGCCCAGUUCUACUCCUCUUUACCACGAUGCAAUCAAAACAAUUUCUAAUUCCGAUGAUGAGAUGCUUCCAGAUCGACCUCUUCUAUCUGGUGUCAGCAUUGGAGGAAACAUGGUGAACAGCCAGGCCUCCCAGAUGCUUGUCUCCCAGUGCUCCAUUGGCUCCCACAGUGAUCCACAAAGCCCCAUGGGUAUUGUAAGCCAAGGUCAGCAACACCUGUCCCAUGACGCCUCCGGACCUAUGCUUUCUUCACCAAAUCCAAUGGGCAUGCCUGCCAUGAAUUCGGCCAUGAUGGGAGGAGGGGCCCCUGACGGAAUGGGGCCCUGCAAUGUUUCACCUUUAUCUCAGAACCAGAUGGCCGGUUUCUCUCGCAUCCACCAACCACCUCAUGGGCCCAUGCACUCACCCAUCGGAGGAAUGUCACAUAAUUUCCAUCAGUCUAAUGAGGAUAUUCUGUCACCUCAGCAGUUACACCUGCUUAGAAAAGGUCAUCCUCACCAGCGGCCCUCACAUCCCUCUGACUCAUUCGCCUCUUUGCCCAUGGGGGACGGCAAUGAUCUAAGUGAUGUUAUGCGAACCAGUCACACGGGUAUCCCUGAGUUUGAUCUCUCCCGCAUCAUUCCUUCUGAUAAGCCCAGUAGCACUCUUCAGUAUUUCCCUAAGAGCGAGCCACAUCAGAAUCCACAUCAGGGGCCACAAGCUACUUCACAGCAGCUCCUCAAACAGCUGUCUUCUGGCCCUCCACAUGGCGGCGGUCAUUCAUCCAACCCCCAUUUAGCCAACCUGCAGAAUAUGAUGGCCGAACAGCAGCUGGCGCCUCACCCCUCACAUGGUGGAAUACGCCAUAACAUGGGUAUUCCUCAUGGUGGAUCUAGAGGGAUGGUUCCUGGGGGUGGCAUGGGCCCCAUGUGCCCUCCUGGACAUAUGAUGGGAAGGACAGGCAUCGGGCCCCAGCAGCAGCUCCAGCAUCAGCAAGCCAUGAUGGCGAACAGCCUUCUCCACCAUCCAUCCAACCCUUACCCUGGCAUGAUGUCGUCCCAGCAGCACUCACACAAUCUGAUGGCACAGCAAAACAUUAUGAUGAUGCAGGCUAAGCAGCGCGGCAUGUCACUUCCAGGGGAUCCCUUUGGCCCCCAGGGUCCUCUUAUGUCCCCUCAGGGUCCCAUGAUGGCCCCAAACCACCCACAGGCUGGUAUGAUGGGCCCCCAGUCUCUCAGACAGCGGGGAAUGUCUCUGGACAGUCCCCUUGGCUAUGGCCCCGGAGGUAUGGCCAAUAUGCCAUUCUGA